CAUUAGACAGUACAGCGCACACACACACACACACACGGAGAUAGAGAUUGUUCUUGAGCUUUUGGAAAGCGAAGCCAAAGGGAAGGAAGAAGCGUAUUCCUCGUGAGUACUGCAAACCCGGCAACGCAAUAUACGCUAUAUAACUACAACAACUGAACCAAAUUGCCCACAAAAGAGAGCCAAAAAAAAUUAUUCCCUCCCUUACAAAAAAAAACCUCCCCUCAGCCAGUCUGCCCUCUGCCCAUCUGGGGUCCCCACCUCCUUUCCGUGUAUAAAAAAGUUGUAUACACACACACACACAAGAGAAGCUGUUUUCUUUUCUCUCUGUGUUUUUGUGUUUUUUGGGUUAAAUUAAGGAGGAAAGAUUGGAACUUGACAGCAGAAAAUGAAUCAAAUGAUGAUGUGGGAAGCUGGAGGAUCAACCGCAUCAUCAUCUGCUGCUGGCGGUGGUGGAGCUGGUGGCAACGGCGGAGGAGGUGGUGGCGGGAUUGGAAUUGGUGGUGGUGGUUCUGCGGCUAAUGGGAGGAGGAAGCCUUCUUGGAGGGAGAGGGAAAAUAACAGGAGGAGGGAAAGGAGGAGAAGGGCAAUUGCAGCUAAGAUAUAUGCUGGGUUGAGGGCUCAGGGGAAUUAUAAUCUUCCAAAGCACUGUGAUAAUAAUGAGGUUCUCAAGGCUCUUUGUGCUGAGGCCGGUUGGGUUGUUGAGGCUGAUGGCACCACUUACCGCAAGGGAUGCAGGCCAUCACCAAUGGAGAUUGGGGGCACUUCGACCAAUAUUACCCCCAGCUCUUCAAGAAAUCCCAGUCCACCUUCUUCAUACUUUGCAAGUCCAAUUCCUUCAUAUCAACCCAGCCCCUUGUCUUCUUCCUGCCCUAGUCCUACCCAUGCUAACAACAUUUCUUCAUCACAUCCAUUUGCAUUUCUCCGCAACUCCAUUCCUUCAUCACUUCCUCCUCUUCGAAUAUCAAACAGUGCCCCUGUAACCCCACCUCUUUCCUCCCCAACUAGACUUCCUAAGCAAAUUUUCAAUCUAGAAACCCUUGCCAAGGAGUCCAUGUCUGCCUUCAACAUUCCCUUCUUUGCUGCUUCUGCACCUGCCAGCCCUACAAGAGGCCAGCGGUUUACUCCGGCUACCAUACCUGAAUGUGAUGAGUCUGAUUCAUCCACUAUUGAUUCAGGACAAUGGAUGAAUUUCCAGUCAUAUGGGGCUAAUAUGGUCCCAACUUCUCCUACAUUUAAUCUCAUGAAACCUGUGGUUCAGCAAGUUUCGGCCAUGGAUGUCUCAGGAAAGGGUAAGGGUACAGAUUUUGACAUGGAGAAACUACCAGUUAAGGCGUGGGAAGGGGAGAGGAUUCAUGAAGUUGGAUUGGACGAUUUAGAGCUUACACUUGGAAGUGGAAAUGCCCGCAUUUGAGGCAAUCGCAUUCCAUAUCCUCAUUGAUCGAUGAAACAACAAAGCAAUGGUGCGUUCUGUACAUUCACUUAGCAUUCUUAUGGAUGCUCUGUCCAUGAUUAGAGGAUCUUAUUCUCGGCUGCAACUUGGAUGCUGGUUUAAACAUAGAAAUGUGAUCGACUUGGUUAUCAGGAUGGAUUGCUUUUUUCUCUUUGAUUUUUUUUUCUUUUUCUGGUGCCCUUUAUUGUUAGCAGUUCUUUGAGACCUCUACCUAAUUAGUUUGGGUGUCUCCAAAGCCAUUACAUGUAGAUAAAUUCUGUUAUAUUCGUAUUGGAGUCAAGGGUAUUUUCGAUUGUAAACUUAGAGGUUAGAGAGUUGGAAAAACGGUUUGAGGAUUGCUUGCCUUCAAAAACAGAGGCUUAAUGUUACAUUACAUCCCUCCCCAUUUAUUUAUUUAUUUAUUUGCUCUUUCUUUGGGAUCUUCUCUAAUCUUCUUCUGUUCCAGCUUUGCUUUAGUCAGUAGAUCUCCAUAUACUCAGUUUUGAUCUCUCCACAUGCCCUACGUAUGCAGAUUUUGGAUUUCAUGUAACCAUAUAGCACGCUUCUGUAUCAGAAACUCAGAAGCUAGUAUAAGGUUCAAUGUUUCUGCAACAAUUUGUAUGGUCUUCUUGGUCCCAUUUGGUUGAAUGUUUUCUUGACCAACUUAACCGAAUUCUGUGAUGUAUAUGGGCCAUGGCCGGAUGGGUUUCUGAAGGUACGUGUGAGAUAUGCACAUUUCAGAAGAUUAUUAAAAGGGAAGAAGAAGUGGGGGCGUGAUGAGCAAAAAUGUGUUUUUGCGAGGUUGGCUUCUUAGCUUGUAAAAGGGCCAUCAUUUUUUGUGGUAUUUUUUAAACUCUAUCAAUAUCUCUAGCAAUCAUCCC